CAGCUCUAGUCCAUAAUAACAUGCGGUCCGCCACGGAAACAUUACAAGAAAUGCGGGAAAAGUAUUUCCCAGAGCCUGUGAAGCCAAGUAGUACAACGAAAAAAAAGGAAACACUACUGACGGAGUACACAGAGUAUCGUGAUCGCCUUCUCGACCUGCUGACAACUGCUGGCGUGCCAUACUCCAGAGAGGAAGACGAUGACACCUACGAGGACUACUUGCUGUCGGACACCGAAGAAGCGCCAAAGAAAAAGAGCAAAAAACAAAAGGAAAAUGGUGAUGCGGAUCUGGAUCUGGAGGAGCGACUGGCAUCCAUGAAGAACAAACUGCGCCAGAAGAAGGGGCCCACCACAGAGCGACAGCAGAAGCGGCGCGAGGCCAAGAAGAUGAAGCGCAGCAAGGGCGUCCAGAAGCUGAUGCUCUCCUCGGCCAAGAACCUGAAGAACGAAAACGUCAAGCAGAAAAAGUUGACCAAUGGAGUGGUCAAGCACGAGGAGGAGGAUGGCGAUUCAAAGGACUCUAAGGCACUCAUUAAAGCCGUGAAACAGCUGCCGGUGUACAAUCAAGAGGGCAAAAUUGUCUACUCCAAGGUGGACUUUGCCGCCACACCCGGCGGCAAGCAGAAGAAAUCGCAUCAGAAUCCCAGGGAAAUCCUCAAGAAGCUGAAGGACACCAAGAAACAGAUCAACGAGCUGAAGGAGCAGGGCGAGACGGAGAAGGCGGCUGAGAUGCAGACGGAUAUUGCGUGGAAGAAGGCGUUCGACAAGGUGGCCGGCAAGAAGGUGAAGGAUGAUCCCAAGCUCCUGCUGAAGUCCAUCAAGAAGCGCAAGGUGGAGAAGAAGAAGGCCAAGACAAAGUGGUCGGAGCGCAAGCAGAAGGUGGACUACGACAAGGACAAGCGACAGAAGAAGCGGCAGGAUAAUCUGGAGAAGCGCAGCACGGACAAGAAGAAAACGAAGCUAAAGAAGGCCAGCAAGAGGGGUCGCAUCAUACCCGGUUACUAAUAGAUAUAGACCACCACUGUACCACUUCUAG